AUGGGUCUUCUCCAGAGGUCAUGCCAGGCAUGCGUCAAAGCUCGUCGUCGGUGCACCAUCGCCUAUCCCUGCUGUGCACGAUGCUCCGCUAAGCGUAUCCCCUGUCACUACACGAAUGGCCCUUCACACACUGAAAAGACAUGGUCGGACAGCGUCAUUCAACCUCGAAAGUUGAACGGAGAAUACAGUGAACAAGCUCUCAUACUUGAUGUAUAUCAUGGACGUCUAGAUACGAGGCUGCAGAACUUCCGUCGUCAAGUACUCUGCGAGGACUCCUACGAUGGCUCUCGCCCUCCUAUCACGGACCCCUCAGUCCUAUCGUGGACCCAAGAGGCCAGUGGUGCACUGAGCAAGAGACACGGGAAUAGUCUCCAGAUCUUCAAUCCCUUACAUCUUGAGAUUGUCCAAGUCUUCGACCAAGCAACACUACAGCAAUUGGCCAGCAUCCUGCGCAGCUUUCCAGCCCAGUUCGCGCAACAUGGCUCAACGGCCUUCGUACACUCGGGCUUAUACGACGGCGACGACUCCAACUCCAACAAUCUCUCACUGCCACUGAAGCAGGUCCGCGAUAUCUGCUGCAGCUACCAGCUCGGCGGCGAGUAUCUGGCAGACCGUCGCUUCCACACCCUCCGGCUGACGAUCCAACGCCUGCUCCGUCUUGCAAUACGCAGCAUAAAUACCUUUGCAGAGACGGUAGCGUACGCGCAAGCCAUCAUCGUCGCGCAGAUCAUUCGACUUCUCGAACCUCAAGAAACAGUCACAAAAGAAGAAGAAGAAGACGAUUAUGAAGACAUUGAGCGCGACAACGAAAAAAUGUGGGCUCUCACCCAUACACUCUGGCAGCAUGCGCCAACCCAACUAUCCCCCACCCUCUCUCCUUGGAAAGCAUGGUUAUUUUCCGAGAAUGUAAGAAGGACGAUCAUGAUAUGUAACGUCCUGCUAGGGGUGUAUAGCUCUUUGAGCAGGGGGUAUACGAUGCAUCCACUCUGUGUCGAGGCCUUACCCUUUGAUGCGCGAACGGGGCUCUGGGAUGCCCAGAGUGAGGCUGCGUGGAUGGCUACUGCGAAGAGGAUACCAGGACCUUAUCUGGUAACCCUUAGUCAUUUUACCAGGCUGAAGCACCCGACCGGCGAUGGUAGUGAGUCGACUCAGUUCGAGGACCUCCUCUUGUUGUCAUUCAUGAGAUAA